GCCAGCGUCGCCCGGCGCGCGUCCGGCCGCCUCCGCCGCCGUCUGCGAGGUGUGCGCACAGACGUUCGGCAGCAAGAAGGCGCUCUGGCUGCACCGGUUCACGCACGCCGAGCGCCAGUUCGCCUGCGAAGUGUGCUUUAAGAAGUUCAAGCGGAAGGACACGAUGAUGGCACACUUGGCGACGCACGCGGAGGCGCAGGUGCCCUGCCCGCACUGCGACAAACGGUUCAAGUCCGCCAAGUCGCUGGCGGUUCAUGUGCGCCUGCACACGGGUGACGCGCGCUUCCCCUGCGAUGUGUGCGGCAAGCCGUUCGUGCAGAAGGUCAACAUGGAGCGGCACAGGCGCACCCACGAGCCCGACCACCGGCUGGCCAACAAGUGCGAGACGUGUGGCAAGUGCUUCAGUAGCCGCCAUCACCUGAAGCACCACCAGCUGGAGCAUAGCCAGGGCCGGACCCAUCGCUGCUCGGCGUGCUCGCGCACCUUCCUGAAGCCACGUGACCUGCAGCGCCACGUCUCACUGGCGCACGGCAGCGGCCAGUACGAGUGUCCCUUCUGCCACAUGACCACGCGGCUGAAGAGCAGCAUUAGCCGUCACAUGGCCAAGAUGCAUCGGGCGGAAGAGGAGCAGUGGUCGGCAGAUGGCUUCCUGGACUCGCUCUACAGUGCCGGCCGCUCCGCCGACUCGAUCCUCACGCUCGAGCCGAGCAGCACGCUGCUGCUGGCGCUGCCACCUGCCGGCGACACGCUGGACUCAAGCCUAGCGCGCUCGCCGUCGGCGGCGCUGUUGGUGGACGGCGCGGACGCCGACUCGGGCGUGUUGCUCUACGUGAUUGAUGUGCCCGAGAUGGACAUCACCUUCGACGGACAGACGUAGCCCCUGCGUGGGAUGGGGGAGCGGAUUAUACCCUACCUCUCAACGGGUGGAGACAGAGGAGGCCUGGGGAAAGUGACGUGGAACCAUUUGGCAUCAGGGCGGUACAUUUGUACAUGGGUUUGUAAACUGGGUCACGAGUUUAAUAAUCCUGUUAACACUUGUUUUUUUAGUUUUAGAUGUUUUGCCAUGGGGUCUUCACGAGAGAUGUGAAAUGUCGAUAUUUAUGUGGUGCAAUUAUAUGUAUCACGUUUAAUCGAUUGCAAGGCCUGUUACGCACAAACUCAUGAGGCAGUUGUGUUUUCCUUGCG